AUGGCGACCACACAGUACCCGCCGGACGACAAGAUCUCCGUCCAAGAUGCUGCACAGUUGUCGGAGCACCACACGAAGCCUGGUGGCAUCGCCGCCAACAUGAGCCCGGAGAGGAGACAAGAAGUUGAGAAGAAGCUGAAGCGGAAGUUGGAUGCGAGGUGUUCGCUUUUUGUGCUGAUCUACAUUAUGAAUUAUCUUGAUCGAAACAACAUCGCCGCAGCCCGUCUCGGUGGUUUGGAAGAAGACCUUAAUCUCAGUCCCACACAGUACUCGACUUGUCUGAGUAUUCUCUACGUUGGAUACAUUCUUAUGCAGGUCCCCUCAAACAUGAUCAUUAACAAGAUCCCUCGCCCAUCCCUCUACAUCGCCGUCGUCAUGUUGAUCUGGGGUAUGAUAUCCACACUCUCUGGUAACGUCAACAACUUCGCCGGCAUGGUAGCAAUCCGUUUCUUCAUCGGCUUUGUCGAAGCCGCUUUCCUCCCAGGCGCGCUCCUCAUCCUAUCAAAAUGGUACACGCGCCGGGAACUCACACUCCGCAACGCCAUUCUCUUCUGCGGAAACCUGAUCUCGAACGCCUUCUCCUCGUUGGUCGGAGCCGCUGUACUAGGAAACAUGGAAGGCGUCCUCGGACACCGAGCAUGGAGGUGGUUGUAUUGGAUUGAGGGUGCGGCGACGAUGGUUAUUGCUAUAAGCGCGAUAUGGAUCUUGCCGGAUCUCCCGCACAACUCCAACGGCUUCACUGAGGAAGAGCGUGCCGUAGCCGUCCUACGCAUGACGGAGGAUGUAGGCGAAGCGGAUGAAGAUUCCGCCGAGCAAUCUGCAUUCGCUGGUCUCUACAUGGCGGUCAAGGAUGUCAAGAUCUAUGUCAUGAUGCUGACCUUCACCGCCUACGUCGUUGGAUUGUCGUUUAACGCUUUCUUCCCGACCCUCACGCGUACGCUCGGAUUCGGAUACAUUACCACGCUCCUCAUGUCCGCGCCUCCGUGGGCGUUUGCUUGCGUCGUAUCCCUCAUCAACGCAUGGCACGCCGAUCGUCAGCAAGAACGUUUCUGGCAUAUUGUUGGUCCGAUUCUAUUUGGAAUCGUUGGAUUCGUCAUCUCUAUGGCUACGUCGAAUACUGCUGGUCGCUAUGUCGCGCUAUUCCUCCAAGCGUCAUCCUACGCCGGAUUCAUCGUCUUCUACUCUUGGAUCUCAUCGUCAUUCCCGCGUCCACCGGCCAAGCGUGCUGUCGCCAUCGCUAUGAUCAACGCAUUCUCGCAGCUGGGAAAUAUCGCUGGAUCGUAUGUCUGGAACAUGUCAGACAACGGGUACAGGAACAGCUAUGGAGUGGUUACGGCCAUGUUUGGUAUUACCAUCGCUGGUUGCUUCAUCUUCAAGAUUAUCUUGGUCCGCUUGAAUAAGCGAUUGGAUGAUGGUACUGACGCUUGGGUUGUGCAUGGUGAUGUCGCAGAGCAGACUGCUGCUGUCGAGGGCGUCAGUGUUGAGGAGGGCAAGAAGAAGAUGGGAGACUUCAGAUAUCUCGUCUAG